UCACCACCCUCAGCUGUUCAGAGCGCAGCUGCAUUCAGAAGGGCAGAGGAGGAACUCUUUGGUUUCGGUAGACGACGAGCAGCUCCUCCAAAGAACUGCCUCAUCUCAGGAGAGGACUCAGAACCAGGACCCACCAACACUAUCGGAAUAAAAAGAACCACACGAGGGGAAGAGGAGGAGGUUUUGCGCUCAGGACCGGAGCAGCCGGUCCAGCGGUCCAGCGCUCUGCUCUGUCCUGCGGUCAUGUUUGGAACCAGAAAGACCUGGGACCUCGGCGACGCCCCCUGCCUUCAGGAGCUCUGGAAGAAAGACCUCUCAUUGGACGCCAGCUCAGUGGACUUCUUGAUGAGUGAUGGUGAGGACGAGGGUUCCUUCCUGUCUCUUCCCACCUCCGCCUUCUCCCAGCGCCCCUCUCUGACCCCCGACUUCUCUGAGGCCCACCUACCCGGCCAGCAGCUCCUCAUCCAGACCCUGCAGGAAAAGGUGUGUGAGAUCCAGGCCCGGCUGCACAGCGAGGAGCGCGCCCGCCAGCUGCAGCUGCAGAGGCUGCAGCAGAGUCACGAGCAGAGCGUUCUGGAGAACACCAGCAUCAUCCGCACACUGCAGGAGGAGCUGCUCUCCUCCCAGACCAGCGCACCGGCUGAACCACAGGAAGAGAGGCAGCCGCAGCAACCCACAGAGACCCAGCCCAGCGGGCCGGAGAGAGAGCAGCUCAUAGCUCAGCUGCACACACAGGUGGAGGAGCUGGAGGUGAAGCUGUUGGACCAGACCCAGGAGGUGGGGAGACUGCGCUCUGAGCUGGGGGCGACAGAUCUGGAGAAGCACCUGGAGCUUCUGGUGGUCGAGAAUGAGCGGCUGAAGCAGGAGCUGAAGGCGUGCCGGACGUCAGCGGCCCCCCCGCCGGCCCCCCCGGCCGCCUCCGCCUGCCCCGCCUGCCCCCACGGACAGGAUGCCGAGGCCCUGCGCGGCGAGGUCUCCCGCUGGGAGGGCCAGGCGCGGCAGCGGGAGCGCCGGCUGGCCGAGGUGGAGCGUGAGCUGCUGCAGAGCCACGCCCAGCGGGCGGAGCUGCAGGCCGCGCUGGAGGAGGGCCACGCCCAGCUGGACGAGAGCCGGCGGCGGCGGGGCGACGCGGAGCAGCGGCUCGGGCUCCGCCUCCAGGAGUGUGAGGAGGAGCUGGCCCGGCAGGCCGCCGCGCCGGCGCCCGUCAAGUACGUGACCCAGACGGUGGAGGUGGAGAACGCCCAGACGGGCCGGGCGCUGGCGGAGGCGCGGGCGCAGAGCGGCGCCCUGACGGAGCAGCUGCUGGUGCAGAGGCAGCUGCUGCGGGAGCUGGAGACGCAGCUGCACGAGUCCCAGAGGAGCUGCACCCAGCUGCGCACCCAGAUCCUGGUGUACGAGGGGGAGAUGGAGCGGGCCCAGGGGCAGCUGGAGGUGGAGAUGCAGAGCCUGGAGGAGGAGAAGAACCGCGUGAUCGAGGAGGCCUUCGUGAGGGCCGAGAGCGAGAUGAAGGCGGUCCACGAGAACCUAGCAGGUGUCCGUAUGAACCUGCUGACCCUGCAGCCCGCGCUGCGCACUUUGACCUGCGACUACAACCUGCUCAAGAGGCAGGUGCAGGAAUUCCCCUACAUGCUGGACAAGGCCAUCGUGGAGGCCAAGCAGGAGAUCUGCCAGGUGAUCAACGAGGUGAGCGCAGCCAACCAGGAGCUCCUGAGGAAGUACAAGCGGGAGAUGAACCUGAGGAAGAAGUGUCACAACGAGCUGGUGCGCCUCAAAGGCAACAUCCGGGUGUUCUGCCGGGUGCGGCCGGUCAGCCACGAGGAGCACGUCUCCGCCGAGUCCCGGAACAUGGUCAGCUUCGACUCGGACGAUGACGCGGUCCUCUACCUCUCCAACAAGGGCAAGACCAUGACCUUCGACCUCGACAAGGUCUUCCCACCGCAGGCCACGCAGGAAGAGGUGUUCCAGGAGGUCCAGUCGCUGGUGACCUCGUGCAUCGACGGCUUCAACGUCUGCAUCUUCGCCUACGGACAGACGGGCUCGGGGAAGACCUACACCAUGGAGGGCGCGGGCCAGAACCCGGGCAUCAACCAGCGGGCGCUCCGGCUGCUCUUCUCCGAGGUCAUGGAGAAGAAGCCCGACUGGGACUACAGGAUCACCGUCAGCAUGGUGGAGAUCUACAACGAGACCCUGAGGAACCUCCUGGGAGACAACCCCAGCGAGAAGCUGGACAUCAAGAUGAACCCAGACGGCAGCGGGCAGCUCUACGUCCCCGGCCUCACCCAGAUCACGGUGCAGUGCCCGGAGGACAUCAACAGGGUGUUUGAGCUCGGCCACAUGAACCGGGCGACCGCCUGCACCAACCUCAACGAGCACAGCUCCCGCUCCCACGCGCUGCUCGUCAUCACGGUGGCGGGCUUCAACUCGGCCACCGGGAACCGCACUCAAGGUAAGCUGAACCUGGUGGACCUGGCGGGCUCAGAGCGCAUCGCCAAGUCGGGCGCGGAGGGCAGCCGCCUGCGCGAGGCGCAGUGCAUCAACAAGUCUCUGUCGGCGCUGGGCGACGUCAUCAACGCACUGCGCUGCCGCCACUCCCACGUGCCCUUCAGGAACUCGCGGCUCACCUACCUGCUGCAGGACUCGCUGAGCGGGGACAGCAAGACCCUCAUGAUGGUGCAGGUGUCCCCGUUGGUCAGCAACAUGAGCGAGUCGGUCUGCUCCCUCAAGUUCGCCCAGCGCGUCCGCAGCGUUGAACUGGGCUCGGCCUCCGCCUUCAAGAGGGUGGAGAACUCCUCCACCUCCUCGUCGCCCACCCACGACAGUGUGGAGCUGGACUCUCCGCCCGUGACGCCGGUGCCACUCCCCAUCUCUCGGGCCAGCAGCGCCGGCUCCACCCUCUCCUCCACCUCCCGGACCCCCAGCACGCGCCGACGCUCCCAGUCUCAACUCUCGACAGACAGACAGGUAGACAGAGGCAGCCCGUUGGUGGGGGACAGUGGGCAGGACGACUGAAGCUGACGGCGUGAGGAACCGGGGGGGAGAGAACGUCCAGGAGAGAGUACAGCACGGACACGACUCCAGUAGCGGCUCCCUAAACAACAUGUCUCUGCUUUGCUUCACUCCUCUCUGGGAGUGCAGGAUGAGGACGUUUGAGGGAGUGACGGAGGGAACGCCGAAGAGGGAGUGAUGAGGAGCGGGGGAGGUGUCACACAAAGCAAUCUCUCGCCCGCAGCAGUUCACUCUAGUUUUUUUUCUAAAGUUCCACUGAGGCUGCUUCAUCAGCACCCUGAACUUCAAGUUUCCCUCGUCAGCAGUCAAUCCGAGGGGGGAUGUUGACUGGUGGCUGUCAAAAAGACUACAGUGGCAGUUAAGCUGCCCGUACCAACCCAUACUAACCACCCCCCACCCCCCCUCCUGGACCUUAGAUAAGCUCUGCCUCCGUCCGGAAACCAUUGGUUACGGCCGCUAACCCUUUUUUCUUCCUGAUGCCCUAACACAGUAUAUACUUUGCGAUUACAGUAUUCCAUGGUAAAGUUGCACUUUAAACUUUAGUUUUGUUUGUUUAUGUGUAUUAACAUAAGUUAUGCUUGAUUUUUAAAGUAUGGGUAAUACGGUAUAUCUAUUUAUGUUUUGACAUGCUUUAAUCUACAUUUUUAUUUUGCUUAAACUUUCCAAUGGAGGCCGAUGUGAUAAUCUUUUUUGCAUUUACCUGAAGGCCUCCUUUUAUCCAAUCAGGGUACUCCACUGAAUCCAAGAUGGGGCAUAUUCUGUCCAAUAGGACAUGAGCAAUAGAAGAGUGUAGAAGGCUGGAGAACACCAUCUCUUUAGUAUGUUUGGGUUUGAAUCCACAGGGGGGAAUAACUAGUGUCAACCUCAACCCCGCAUGGAAGAAUUUCCGUUCUCUAAAACACACGACAGGAACGACCAUUCCUGCACUGUGAAUUCUUCCAUGAGUGGCUUGGUGCUUACCAAACUAAAACCACGUGACGGGACGGGACGCGUGCGUAUGCAGUGGUGAUCCGAGCCGGGCCGGGCGUAUGUAUGUGUGUAUAUAAUAUAUGACUGCUUAGGACUUUGAAACCACUGAACUGGUGGAGCGUGUUGUCAGUAAAUUGUCGCUAACCCAAUGUCCCGAGAGGAGGAACGCUUGUCUGUCGUGCUCUGCUUGCUUAUCUUUGUCGUAGAUUUCUAGCCGUGAUUUUGUAUGAAACCCUUUUUAAAUAAACACUCGAAACCAAAUGAGUAUUGACUGCCCGAUCCAGAUCAUUUGUUUGUCAUUUGUAUUUUGGCUGUGCUGCUUUGCAUUCUGUGGGACGUGAACUUGACCUCAUCGGAGGUAUCUGUGUAAGACAAACCCAGGUGUUGCUCAUUACACUAAUUAUUGAUCUGCUCUUUAUGUACCUGUACAUUGAUUGACUAGUGAUACACGUCAUGGUU